AUGCCGACAAGCCCGCAAACCAGUCCGACAGUGAGCGAAGAGACGAGUGAUGAUACGUCAUUGUUGUCAAGGACGGAUAAUAAUGUGGAUUCUUUAACGUCGAGCCAAAGAUCCGCCAAGAAUCCGAAUCGUUCUGAUCGCGACUCGCCUUUUAGUCACACAAGUGCCAACGAUCUGAAACUCCAGUCUCUUGAAUCCGCUACAUCGACGCUUAAUCGGUCUUCAGCUGAAUCCGUAUCCUCCACGCAACAUUCAUUGCGUGACGAUUCAUCUGCAACUUGGAGGAGUUCUCUAAGACGGAUCGUGAGCGUUUUAAAUCUCGCACAGAGAGAAAAGAGUCCCGCUGAGAAACUAAAAGAGCAGCAACUCCGAGAAGCUGGCAUGUUUCUCACCAGACCGGAAAUAUGUCGACUACCUCUCAAAAGUAUGCCAAGCUUUUGCCUAUCGCUUAGCGGCUGCGGUUUCCUUGGAUCAUAUCACUUUGGUGCUGUGAAUUGUAUGCUGAAGAACGGACAUCACAUAAUCUCUCGACUAGAAAGAGUGAGUGGAGCUUCUGCUGGUAGCUUGGUAGCAUCUCUUCUGCUGCUUAAUCCUGAAAAGCUUGGACUGGCGCUCCAAGUACUGUAUAAAUUAGGAGAUGAACUCAAUACUUUGCGGUUUGGAGCACUCACUCCAGGCUAUUACUUGAAUGAAAGGUUGAUUAAGAUAGUCGACGAUUUUCUACCGCAUGACAUAUCGCCAGCACAAGGAAGAUUAUACGUGUCGCUCACUCUAAGAAAAGAAAAGACCAAUAAACUUGUUUGCAAUUUUUCAAGUAGGGCUCACUUAAUACACUGUUUAAUGGCAAGUUGUUAUAUACCAAUGUACUCGAUGGGUUAUGGCGCUGAAGCACCUGUAAUUGAUGGCCAUGCUUACAUAGACGGUGGAUAUACAAACAAUUUACCCGAUUUCGAAGAUAUCCGGACAAUAACUAUCUCACCAUUCUCUGGUAAUGCCGAAAUUUCACCAACGGAUGAAGAGAAUUUCUUCGAUUGGAAAAUGACAGUGUGCAACCAAACGAUGAAUGUGAAUCUGCAAAACAUUGUCCGAGGAGCACAGGCAUUGUUUCCACCAGCACGUCCUGUUCUAGAAAGUUACUACGAAGCGGGUUUCAAAGAUGGCUUUCAGGUUCCUUAUCAAGCAUGA